CUCAUCUUCCCGGGGCACUCCCUUCCAAUUACUUAAUUGAUAAUGCCACUGAUCGUCGCACAUGAGCCAAGCAAUGUCCUACCGCUCAUUGAGUCCUGCCUCAGCUGCCCGUCGCGAGGAGCUGACAUGCAAAAUAUGUUCUCGCACCUUCAACCGCCAUGAGCAUUUACAGCGACACACCCGCACUCAUACAAAAGACAAACCGUACAUUUGCUCAUGUGGUCGUUCAUUUUCUAGGAAAGACUUGUUAACCCGUCAUGAACGCCUGAGCCAUGGUCUUGAUGGGAGACAAGGAGCCGUUCGAGAAAAUGUAUCUCCUCGACGGAGACAACCAACGGGCAUCACAGAUGUUUCGUUAACCCUGUAUCACCAAAGGAAUCAGGGAGACUUCAUGCCUCGUAGCAUCUCGAAUGAGUUUCCCGAAUCGAGCAUGUUUCCGCAAAUGGAUGCCAGUCCGCUAGAUGAUAUACCGGAUCGCUUCAUAUAUCCGUCCGCGAACAAUUUGCCUGCGACCUUCGAUGACCCGAUCUCCGAGUUCACCAGGUUCUUGACUCAUGGUGAUGGGAAUCAUGACCCGGAAGAAAUGCUGGUCGACCCAAGUCUUGCAAUGCAUGAACCCACCAUGCCCGAUAAUGGACUGCUUCAAAACUCUACGCCAGACAGUAUCGACAUAUCCUCGCGCGUACCAGACGACCCUUCCGGUGAUGAUGAUUUCCACGAGCUGAAACCCCUCAGCUGCCCGUGGCUUUUAACCAACAACCAAUAUCUACAGAUUAGCAGUUCCAUUUCACCGUUUCAGGAAGUGAUCCCGAAUCAAUUUAGGAUGCCUUCCAAGAUGGCCCUGGCACGCUAUCUACUAGGUUACGUUGAAGGGUUCAGUGAUCACCACCCCUUCAUCCACGUACCUACACUAAAUUUAACAUCCUUUGUUGAUACCCCAGAGCUCAUUUUGGCACUUCUAGCUAUCGGCGCUCAAUAUCGAUAUGAAUCAAGAACUGCUAGGUCAUUAUACCGAGCAAGCCGGUCUAUCGUUCUAGAACGUCUUCGCAAAGUGGAAGGUCUUGCCGACACUGCUUCCGUCCAUCUUUACCAGGGCAACUUACAUCCUGCACCAGCCCAUGGAGAACAUCACUUAGAUCAAACUCAAGCUCUGCUCUUAUUAGCUAUCUACUGCUUCUGGCACAGUAGCUCUGACAUGCUGCAAGAAUGGUACCAAUAUCUCAGCCUAAUUGCGGCCUCCCUCCGCCGACUCGGUCUAUCUGAAGGGAAACACAACGACAAGAUCAGUUGGGCUCAAUGGAUUAAACAGGAAACGAAGCGACGUACACAAUUUUUUGGUUGGUAUUUGCUGAACUUUCAGGCCAUCAUCUACGAUAAUCCCCCCUUACUUCUUACGCGCGAACUGAACCUUCAGCUGCCGUCAUCAUGCCAGGAAUGGGUCGCUCGAACGGAAACCGAAUGGGAAAGAACCAGGAGUCAUACGCUGUCCCGUGUUAUGCUGAAGGAGGCACACGCGGUCCAUCUUGCAGAGUCCAGUGAUAUAUCUGCAAAUGUGGAGUCAUCCCCGAUGGGGAAUUAUAUACUUAUACACGCAGUGAUUCAACGUAUCUACAUGAUGCAUCAAGUCUCUCUGGACCCUCAGAUACAAAGGCUCUCCGCGCGAGACGUUCAAGGACUAGAGACCGCGCUGAACCGCUGGCGACACACGUGGUGUCAUUCCCCUGAAUCCAAACUGGACCUGCAUGAUCCAUACGGUUCGCUAUCCUUCUCGGCCACCGCAUUACUGGGCGUAGCGCAUGUUCGCCUGCAUUACAAUCUUGGGCAGUGGCGGGACUUGCAGAGCGGAGAUCCGGCGACCGUUGCCGCAACUUUACAUGAAGCGCCGUUGCCCCAACGCGGCUCUCACCUCGUACACGCUCUGUUGCAUUCCGUCCAUGCACUUAAUAUUCCCGUGCAGGUCGGAAUAUCAUACCUCUCGCGGUGUAAAUCUUUUGGAUGGAGCGUGGACCAUGCGGUGUGCGACCUGGAAUGCGCCAUCUUUUUGAGUAAGUGGCUGCAGAUGGUCGCCCAGUCCCACGUCGAGCAGCCGCUCUCUGCGCUCGAGACACGCCUCAUUCGAUGGAUAAUACGCGUAGUGCGCGAAGCGCUCGUAUCCCAAGACGAGACGAUCAGUCUCAGUUAUGACAUUGAUGGGUAUCGGCCAGAGACUAUGAGGAGAACAGCUACUUUCCUCAGUUUUGCAGUGGUCAAAGUCUGGGCGCAGAUGUUCAAAGUUUGCAAUAGUCCAUGGCCAAUGGUACUGCUCAUUGGGAAAAGUCUGGAUCGGUAUGCAUCAUUGAUGGAGGGGCCCCUUUCGGUGGAUGUGGAGAGCUCAGAGCUCGGGUCUAAUCCAUGAUCUCGCGCGCCAAUUUGCUUCGUUUUCUAAUGGAAGGUCCACACCAGACAAGAAUCCAGGGAACAAGAGUAAGGGCCAGUCCAAGGCCUCCGAGUAAACUGGCCGCGGCACCAAAACCCAGAUUGUCGAAUAAUUGCCGGGAGACCAAUGGGAAAAUCCCGCCCAACAUGUUUCGACAGAAGCUCUGUGCAGCAAGCGCGGAACUGGCGUAGCGAUGAUAUGUAUCUGCCAGAUAGUUGAACACCGA